AUGACGUCAGUGUUUGGUUGAGUGUCAUUUUGCUGCCAGAAAUUGGGAAGCUCGCAGAGAAAGAAGGGAGAAACCUUGUGGAAUAAGACGCAAAUAACAACCAAAACCGCCGUGGACUUAACAUACUGAAUUAAAUUAGUACGAUCGGCAGCAAUGGAUGUGUGAGAGGGGACGUCUUUUUCAAGGCAAAUCGAGGGGCCGAGGCACAGCUCGCUAGUAGAUUACGGGGCUCUCUUGAAGUUUGAGUCCGAUCAAGCUUACUUGCUGCUCGGCUAACACCGCCGUCGUGCUGGUGUUCUACCUUCCACACAGCCUUUACCUUCCACCUCAUAGACAAAGAAAAUGGUGUCCUGGAUAAUUGCGAGAAGUGUUGUGCUUGUAUUUGGGACCCUGUAUCCAGCAUACUACUCCUACAAAGCCGUAAAGACCAAAAACGUCAAGGAAUAUGUCCGAUGGAUGAUGUAUUGGAUUGUUUUUGCACUCUACACUGUGGUGGAGACCAUCACUGACCUCACACUGGCGUGGUUCCCUUUGUACUAUGAACUGAAAGUAGCAUUUGUGAUCUGGCUCCUAUCCCCCUAUACCAGAGGAGCGAGUUUAAUUUACAGGAAAUGUCUGCACCCUUUGCUGUCCUCCAGGGAGAGGGAAAUAGACGACUAUAUUGUGCAGGCCAAAGAACGAAGUUAUGAGACCAUGGUGAACUUUGGCAAGCAGGGACUCAGCAUUGCCGCCACCGCUGCCGUCACUGCCGCUGUCAAGGGUCAGGGUGCCAUCACAGAGAAGCUGCGGAGUUUGAGCAUGCAUGACCUCUCGCAGAUCAGUCAGCAAGACGGCGGCGGAAACCAGCUGUACCGCUUCAGCCCCCACGCCGCUAAUCCCGCCAUCAGACGAUCUCAGAGCGCCGAUGUCCCCGAUGAUCCAGAAUACUUUUACGACGAGGACGACAGGAGCGACGACGAGGCUGAGCCCACCUUCUCUGAAGACGAGGCUGUUUCUCAGAAAGGACUGAGGCGAUCUCAGAGUGUCAAGAUAACACGGUCCAGAGUCCGUAAAGAUGCUCGUUAUGGAUCCCUGAAGAUUAAAGGCAAGAAGAGGCCAGCAUUGAGCUCUGUCAACUACGGCAUGUGAAGACUCCUCUUUUUUUAAUUCUUCUCAUAAGGUUGCUUCCUAAAAGUGUUAUUAUCCAAAGUAGCUGGUCAGUUUCAGUUAAUGAACUACAUUUUUUAAGUAAUCCAAUGAGUCUAUUUUAAGUCUUUGCAGGUCUUUUUUGACACAAAAUAAUUAUUUGAAUUGUUAUUAUAAGAAAAAAGAAGACGUUACCAAUUAACAUGUCAAACACUAUGAACUAAGACACAUUUUUGUGUAUUUUUAAAGACAAUAUUUUAGCAGUCCACAUCUUAAUGACUCCACGUAUCGGCUCUAUGGAUGCUCUUCCUGCCUGACACAACCUGGCAACUUGUGUGGAAUAAUCCGAGCCAACAAGGUGUCAUGAAGAGGGAGAACAUAGUGCUGUGGUUUCAAGUAGGGGUGUCCAACGAAUGCCUGAUUGGCCUAUGGAACAUUCCAAACAUACAAUUACAUAAAAAAACACAGUGGAAAGAGCAAAAAGAUGUAUUUUAAGGAGGAAAUUGGGAUUGUUGAUGCGAAUAUUGAAGGGUGUCACGAGGUCUUGUGAGAUGUGAUGAGAUUUCUCAUCCAGUGAAAAUGUCUCGUGGCCUGGGACGAUAAUAAAUACACAGCCGGCCUUCGUCCAUUGUCGUCUCCAAACCGGUAGGAAGAGGGUUCAGUGCAUUGCUUUCAGCACCUUGGCACGUUUGUUCCAUAGAACAACGGCAUCAAUCACAAUCAGAAAUAGUUUUAUUCCCAGGCAUGAUCAUACACAUACUAGGAAUUUGUUGUGGUGAAGUUGUAUUAAAAAUGAAAAUAUUUGUGUCUCUCAGUGGGCGGAGGCGGGGCCAGUAGCAUACACACAGAGUGCAACGUAGUAGAAAUUAAGUUAAAAUCUCUGGUGUCGUGACAGGAGUGUUGACUUAGAAACAAAAAGUUGACCCACAAGCACAUUCUUUGAUUUUUCCGUAUGGUGGAAAAGGUUUGGACACCCCCACUCUACAAUUCAAACACAAUCUCUUCCACAAAGAUAACCUAUAGUUUAUUUCAAUGCAAAUAAUCCAUUCCGGGUUGUUAUGUCACAAGCUUUUCUUAAUGUAUUCUUCUUUUUUCAUGUCUGUAUCCUUUGGAUCAGAGGGGUUUUUAUGUAUUAGCUCGUUUUGUGUAUGCAUCUCAUCCCAAAGCUUUUAUUACUACUGUUUUAUUUGCUUGUCAUCUCACUUUUUUUAAAGUAAUGAAACGUAGGUGACACCGAAUGGCCUUAUCUAUCCUCGAUAGAUCGUUUUAACUGCUAAGACACUCCAGUGAAACCAGUAGAAAUCAACCUACUUUUGGGAAAGAAUGAAUGAAGGAUAGUAAAGACAGUGAAUUAAAGGUCAAAGGUAGUGGGAGUAGUCACUUUUAAUGCUAGUGCUAUAUUAUUUUGUAAUGCAGUAGUUGUACUGUAGUGUUUUUAUGCAUAGUGAAUUAUAAAAUACAGCUUAGUACAGUAUAGUACAGCGUGAUCGAUACCAAUGACCACCUUGUGUACCAACACAACCAGAUGUGCUUCUACGAACAAAUGAGGGACUGCAUUUUAAAAUAUAUUUACAUAUUAUUAAGAAUACCGUCAUUUCAGAUGUAUAAGCCACUACUAAAAAAAAACUUUGAACCCUGCAGCUUUUGCAGUGGUUACCAGUUUUUCUUUAAAUAUGCUGUGUGCAGCUCAUACACAAGAAGCAGGAGUCUAGAUCUUCCACUGCGAAUUGUGUAACCAAAUGCUAAGGACUCUGCUGAAGUGUCACAACAAGCCAAACACUGCAUGUGGUCAUCGUGUCUUAAAGACACUCAAAAGACCAAAACCUUUAAGUAGACUAGCAGGGAUGGGGUUGGGGUGACUGUUUUGUUGUUACUGGAUUGUAAAUGUCAUUAAAUGAAGAUGGCUAUUUA